GGCGUCUCUCCGUUCCCCGACGAAUGUUCGCUAGAUAUUAUAUUUUAUGACUGUGAAAGAUUACCGACAGGGAUCAUUAGCGCGGGGUUCGAAGGAAAGUACCAAGAGAAACGAAAAAAAAAAAAAAAAUUAAUACAUCUUCACUCCUUCCUAAUACCCCUCCUAUUAUUUCUUUACAAACGGCAUUGUUGAUCGUCUCAAGUACGAGAAGUCUCUCCUUCCUGUCAUUGAUGUUUUUGUUUAUGGUCCGUGUCCUCGGCUUCAGUGGGUCGAUACAACUUCGCAUUCCAAAGCUUGUCCUAUUCUUGGCUUUCUUGUCCUUCACCAAUGCGACGGCGGACCAUGGAAGUACGCACAAUGAAUGGGGCGAUGAUGGAUUUCUAUCAAGUUCGCAUAGGAUACUAUCCACGUAUGAUAAGUGUAUCUUGACGCUGUGUGGUGCGGUACUUCUCAUAUGUACUGUCGCAUUAUUAGUUCAGGCAUGCCGUAUCUUGGUCGACAUCGCUCGAAAAGAACGCCUUUGGCAACAAGAAGAUUAUCUAGCGGAAGAGGAGCUACUCAUGUCAGCUCUCGAGGCGGGUUAUGCAAAAGGCGGCACCCUUCCCCGAUAUGCGACUCGUACUGGUGCCCUUUCUGAACAGGAGACCGACGUGAGUGGCGUACGGAAGGUUGUCCUGGUGGUCAAUGACACCUAUGCAACGAAUGUGGCCCAAGAUGCCUACGCGGAUUGGUUUGUGCGUUGGUGUCAUCUUCAGGAGGAAGCCUCGAACUACGCCGUUGAGGGGCUCUCCGAUGAAAGGACUCCUCUAAUUGACGUGGGAUCUCCAGCGGCACCGCGAUAUUUGGAUGAGAUUAGGACUUCUUAUUCACACGGGCCUUCAGAUGGAAUGACUCCGCUCAUCGACGUUGGUUUUCCGGUCGCCCAACAAGAUCGGGAUGACCUUGCAAGCACUCCGCGGCCGCUUUUGGCUGAAUGAUUUGCAGCUGCGCUCGGAUAGAAUAUUCUGUGCUGAUUCGGCAGUUCAUCUUUAUCUCCACAUGGCUUUCGCGUGACCCAAAGUCGAAC